CCGGAUCAGCCGAUCUCUCACGAGCUCAUUUUUUAGGCCGGUGCCGUGCUGCCGAAAGGUUGCAUUUAUCGCAUGAGCGAGGAGGAGCUAACGGUCCUUCGCGCGCAACUCGAUGACUUGUUGGACAAGGGUUGGAUCCGCCCUAGUAGCUCACCAUACGGAGCGCCAGUUCUCUUUGUACGAAAGAAGAACAAGGAUCUACGAUUGUGCAUCGACUACCGCAAGCUCAACGCGCAAACCGUCAAGAAUGUGAGGCCUCUUCCUCGCAUCGACGAUCUUCUUGAGCGAUUGGGCGGCGCGAAGUAUUUUUCUAAGUUGGAUUUGGAAUUGGGAUAUCAUCAAAUCUCGAUCCGACCGGACGAUCGCUACAAAUCCGCGUUCAAGACGCGGUAUAGGCAUUUCGAGUGGGUGGUCAUGCCUUUUGGCCUCACCAACGCCCCGACGACCUUUGAAGCGGCAAUGACCAACGAGUUUCGUGCGAUGUUGGACCGGUUCGUGCUGGUCUACUUAGACGAUAUUCUCGUCUAUAGUCGAACAUUGGACGAUCAUAUGAGGCACCUUCGACGAGUGUUGGAGACGCUCCGCCGCGCCAAGUACAAAGCCAAUCGCGACAAGUGCGAAUUUGUCCGGCAAGAGCUCGAAUACUUGGGCCAUUUUGUCACACCGAACGACAUCAGUCCGCUGUCGGACAAGAUUCAAGCCAUCCAAAAGUGGCAGGAGCCGCGGAACGUCACGAAUGUCCGUUCGUUCCUUGGCCUUGCCGGCUACUACCAACAUUUUAUCAAGGGAUACUCGAAGAUUGCGGCCCACUUGUCCAAGCUUCAAUGCGAGGAUCGACCGUUUGACUUCGGGGAGGAUGCACGAAAAUCAUUUUUGGCUCUCAAAGCCGCGCUAUUAUCUGCGAAGGUCUUGCGAACCUACGACCCGCUAUUGCCAACGCGCGUCACUACGGAUGCGUCCGGCUAUGGCAUUGGUGCCGUCCUCUAGCAACACGAUGGCGUGGACUGACACCCGGUUGAGUACUUCAACAAGAAAGUGCCCGUCGUGCACUCCAUUGACGAUGCACGCAAGGAGGAGCUCCUAGCCUUCAUCCACGCGCUCAAACUGUGGCGGCAUUUCCUCCUUGGUCGAAGUCAAUUCCGAUG